AUGACAUGUAUAAGAGAGAAAAUUGCGAAAAAAUGUGGUGGUUUACCACUUGCUGCAAAUGUUCUCGGUAUUGUUUUGCGCUUGCAAAACACCGAGACUGAUUGGCUCACAAUUCUAGAUCACGGGUAUGGAGAUGAAGAGAAAAACUUUGAACCGUCUAUGGAUGGCCGAAGGGUUCCUUCAUCCAUCUCAUGGUGGAUAUCAAUUGGUUACUGGCAAAUUCAUUUUUCUAAGAUUUUUGAUGAUGGAAAGGAUGUUUCCAUCAAUCAACUUUACAAUUUCCAGACAUUAGUGCUUCUUAGUUGCACGAAUUGUAAAAUGAUUCUUGUAGGCAUUGGGUCUCUGAAGAUAUUAAGGCACCUAAAUCUCUCAUAUUCGGAUGUCGAAAAGCUACCAGAUUCUGUCGUUCAGCUCAUGAAUUUGCAGACAUUAAUACUUACAAAUUGCGAAAGAUUAGCAGCAUUACCUGUAAAUAUUGGGUCUUUGACAGAUCUAAGACAGUUGAAACUCAAUUACUGUACUACUUUACAAGUUCUACCUAGAGAAGCAGGUACAUUGGCACAAUUAAGGUGUCUGGAUUUGUCAUCUUCUGGGAUUAAAGAGUUGUCUGAAUCAUGCUUUAGCAACCUUAGUAAUUUGGAGUCAGUCGAUUUUGGAGCCUGCAAGCUUCCCAAAGAAAUUAAAAAUUCCCCAAAAUUGAGAAUCUUUAGACAUAGGAGAGAAGACACAAAUGAAAUGCCUAGAGGUAUAGAAACUCUAACUUGCCUUGAAGUGUUAGAUUCCUAUGUGGUGAGGAGCAGAGAAACGAUUUUCUGUACCGAUGAUGAUAGUGGGAUUGUAGAAUUAGCCAAUCUAAAUUCUUUGAAAAACUUAACUAUUGACCAUCUGGAGUUCGUGAGAGGUGGUAUUGACGCAGACAGAGCAAAGUUACAAGAUAAGACAAACCUAUGUGAUUUGUUGCUAAGAUGGGGGUCCAAUUUUGAUGAUGACGAUGAAAUGGCGUUUGAUGAGGCAUUGGAGGGUCUCGAACCUAACCGUAAUUUGAGAACACUGAGAAUAUUUGGUUUUCCUGGUUUUGAGCUUCCGAAAUGGAUGGGUUCGUCUAAUUAUCUUCCGAAUUUACUGAAAUUAAUUCUUUGGGGUUACAAUAGAUGUGAGAAUCUACCUGCGCUGGGGACGCUCCCGUGUCUUAGUUUUCUUUAUAUUAAGGAGACGAAUUCACUGAAGUGCUUCGGUGAAGAGUUCUAUUACCAGCAAGAAGAACAAGAAAAAGAAAAGACCAUCAGCAGUAGUAGCAAUUCAUUUCCUUCCCUUGACACGCUAUGGAUCAGGGGAUGCCCAAAACUGACAAGCAUACCAAACUCAUUUCCUUUUCUUAAGAUAUUGUCUUUAUCCCACACCAACAACAAAGCAAUAACCUCAAUCUUAGCUACCGGCGGUCUGACCUCUCUCACAAACUUCGUUAUAGAUGAUUCUCCAGAACUGACAUAUAUCCCAGUAAGGGUGUUAUUCCAGAACGUUACUCAGAAUCUUCAAAUUCUAUCCAUCAAACGAUGCUCUAAGUUUCAAGGUUUUCUAGAAGAUGAUGAUCUAAAUAUCUACAACAACAACAAGGAGGGUCCAGAAAUCAACUCCAACUCCAACUAUAUCAGCAGUUCUCCCCGCUUAUUAGAAAUGAUUGUAUGUCCUGUUUUAACUUUACUCCCGGAUUUACGAUCGAUCACUUCUCUCCGGAAAUGCGACAAAUUGAAAGAGUCAAUACCCUACGAUCUCAAGAAAUCUCUUACAUUUCUUGAAGAUUUGGAAGUUGAUUUUAUUCAAAUUGAAGACAAGCAUCUACCAGAUCCGACCAGUGUAUAUGAUUUAAUUAAUUUGAUGGAGGAUCAGAAGCAGAAGUAG